AUGAAUCACUCGGAAAUCGAGCUAUGCAAUCUUCUCGGCCAACUGAAUCUGGCGACGGAAAGCUAUCCCGCCCAACCAGAGGCCAUUCUCAUUGAUGACAUCAGCUGCGAUUCCGAUGCAUCAUCCGAUACCGGUUUCAAGACCCCCGAGCCGAAACACCACGGGUGCGCCUACCUCCAAGCGCUCCAAGCACAGCUCGACAACUACCCCACCACCGGCGGCGAGUAUCUAGAAGCCAUCUUCACACAUCGCGAGAUCCUCUCUGCGUACCCUGUAGCACACCAGUUUUGUGCACAGGGGUUCAGCGACAUUGCGUAUGCUUUGGAACAAAGGGCGUGGAGGGCUGAUCGUGAAGCAGACACGGAGGCUGUGGUGGCCUUUCGCCAUGAGGCAUGGAUGAUUGCAUCGACGCUCAUAUACCGGCCUCCCUCUCCUCCUGUAGCUGAUACUAUCAAGGAGUUUACGUAUGUGGACAAUACUCGUUCUAAGCCUUUGAUCAAGUGUAUGAUGCCUCUAUUUUAGAGUCCAUUGUUCGCAAAGCCCUUAGAAUAACACUAGUGUCAUCAUAAUCUAGCGUGCCGUGUUACAUUUAGUUUUUCAAUAAAUAUUGACGGAAUUUUCUAUAUAUA